CUUUAGGUUUCAUUUUCUCUAAAUUGGAACCUUGCCAGUUUCAUCCAGGAAUUGAGGGUAUAGCAAACUCUGUGGUAAUCCUUCCAUGUAUAAAUACCUUGCUCAUCCUAGCAUCCCUAGAACACCUUGGAUUGAGUUUGGAAGAGUCUCUGGGCCUGAACUAAAGUGCUAUGGAGCAACUUCUGUCUCCCAACAACAUGAGUGAAGAAUCUCCUAGAAGUCUCAUAUAUACCAGACUGGUUGAGCUGAGAUGCCACUUCACAUGGAAUUUGGUUAUAGAAGAUGUGGACAUGCCUGAUUUGGAAGUAAGAAUCUCAGAGACUGAGUUCCUUGAUAUUAACUACAGUAUCGGGAUGCACAACCUCCUGGCCUACGUGAAACACCUGAAAGGCCAGCAGGAGGAAGCUCUGAAGAGCUUGAAAGAAGCUGAAGACUUGAUCCAGAGAGAGCAGUUGGGCAAGAGAAGCCUGGUGACAUGGGGCAACUGUGCCUGGGUGCAUUACCACAGGGGCAGCUUGGCAGAAGCCCAGAUCUACCUGGACAAGGUGGAGAAGGUUUGCAAGGAAUUUGCAAGUCCCUUCCCCUACAGACUGGAAUGUGCUGAGAUGGACUGUGAGGAAGGCUGGGCCUUGCUGAAGUGUAGAGGAAAAAAUUAUAAACGAGCCCGGGACUGCUUUGCAAAGGCUCUGGAAAGGGAGCCUGAAAACCCCGAAUUCAACAAUGGCUAUGCAGUUGCAGCCUAUCACCUGGAUUACUAUGGUGGAACUUCUCUAGAACCCUUAAGGAAGGCUGUCAGCUUGAAACCAGAAGAUCUACGCAUUAAAGUUCUCCUUGCCCAAAAGCUUCAGGAUUUAGGCAAGACAAAUGAAGGAGAAAAAUACAUUGAAGAAGCUCUGCCUAGAAUAUCUCCCCAGAAUAAUCUCUUUGGAUAUGUAGCCAAAUUUUACCGAAAGAAAGGUUUAGUGGUGGAAGCUCUCAAGUACCUUGAGAGAGCCUUGCAAACAAAACCUUCCUCUGUCUACUUGCAUUUCCAGAUUGGCCUUUGCCAUAAAAGACAACUGAUUCAAAUAAAGAAAGGUAGAAACAUGCGACUUACAGGGGAGGAUAGAGAGAGAGCAGACCGAUCCAUCCAUUUGGCUAUAUGCUAUUUUAAAAAGACUUUAGAACUGAAGCCCACAUAUGAGAUGGCUUAUGUCAAUCUGGCUGAAAUGUACUUAGAGAUUGAUCAAUUUACAGAGGCAGAGGUCAAUUUUCAGAAAGUAUUGAGCAUGAGCAACUUGGAAGACUAUAUGCAGCAAGAGAUUCAUUUACGCUAUGGCAACUUCCAACAAUUCCAUAAGAAAUCAGAAGAGACAGCCAUUACCCAUUACUUAAAAGGCCUGAAAAUAGAGGUGACUUCUCACUCCAGGGAUAAACUUCUCAAGGCUUUGGAGAAGCUGGCUCAAAGACGCAUUGACCAGAAUAUUCAUGUCCUGGAAAGCUUGAGCCUCCUUGGCUUUGUCUACAGACUGAAAGGGGACACAAGUGAAGCCUUGUCAUGCUACGAGAAGGCCCUGAGGCUCACAGGAGCAGUGAACCCUGAGUUUUGAGGUAGAGCUUAUUAAGUGGCUUAUUAAGCAUUGAGCAUGUCUCCCCAGUCUACUAUUGUUUUGUAGUUGUUGCCUCAAAUAUAUAGACCCCAAUGAAACCAGAUGCAGGUGAUGCCUUUCCUAUUUCUUGCCUUUCUACAGCCCUGAGUUUUUUUGUCACAGACCUGUGAGUGUGUGACAGGAGUGUCCAUUCUCCUGCCACACAUUGCUUCCCAUUUUCUUUAUGAGUGUGCCUUUGGCAUGCAUGACCUAUACCAUCAGUCUCCCAGUACCCUGAUCAAAGGACAGUUAACAUAUUAAAGCUUACUUUUUAUGGGAUUUUCCAAACAUUAGCAACAUCAGAGAGCUAAAUAAAUGAGCAAUGGUCAGCAUUAAAAGGAAGAGGAAUUCAAGAUAUCCUUAUGAUGUUUCAGUCCAUAGUUCUAUUUUCAUAGGCUAUUUUACUGUAGCCAUAACCUGCUGGUCCAUGACCUCCAACCUAAUAAUCAAUGCACUUUUUUUGUAUACAGGUAGGCACCUCUAUUUCAGAAAAUUGUGGUGGAUUUCUCAGGUCCAAAUACAUCGUUCUUUAUUUACCACUAAGAAAACUUCAAUGCUUCAGGAAGACAGAGUAAAGGAGUAACCUCUUUGGAAUGUGCCAACAAUGACAUCCUAGCUACAUGACACCAUUCAGACUAUUGAGAGCUGUAUGGUAUUGCCUUGUUAUUUUCCUAACCAUAUCAUAUUCAUUAAAGUCUGCUAAUAUCACAGAA